AUGGGAGUCACCGACCCGAAGAAACGAAAGCAGAUCCAGGAUCGUCUAGCCCAACGAGCAAGGCGUAAUGCAUCUCUGCUUACAGGCGAAUCAGGAAAGCGGCUCGCCCUCGCUAAGAAGCAGAAUGUGCCGGCCGCCUCGCAACUAGUCCGGAGGAAAGAGCAGAUCAAGCCUGAUGAAAUCGGCAUCCAUCCUGCUUUCAUUUCUGGGUUGAAUAGAGCGGACGACUCCGAGUCCUUGCCGUUGAUGCCUAUUCCGCUCAAUGUCUACUCCGCCCUGUACAAGAAUGGAACGUUCCUGGGCCUUGCCUGCAGCAACUGCGUCCCUUGUCUGUCCGCGCCAGCUGGACCGGACGUUCCAGAGUCGUUGCGACCUACGAGUGUGCAGCUCAUGACCAUUCACCCGCCUUGGAUCGAUCGGUUCCCGUUUCCAAAGAUGAGGGAGAACUUCAUAAUGCUUCUUGGGGUUGUUGAUCCAGAGGAAUUCUUGUGCGAUAUGUUCAACGGCCCGAGCUUUACGUUAGAGGGUGGUGGUGCGAGUUGGGACCCUAAGGUGUGGAGCAUAGAGGAGUCGUUUAGGAACAAGUGGGGGUUCUUGUUUGAUAAGGACUUGUUCGGCGCUUAG